AUGAUUCUUCUGAUCACGGGCAGUCCAGGUAUCUGGUGCAUGUGAGAUACGCGCUUCUUAAUGUAAAAGUCUUUAAUCGAGUAGUGAUAAAUUAGAGUAUGGUAGUAUUACGUCCAAGUCUCCAAUCAGUCCGAAUUAACAUUUUCUGCUGUUUAUCGUACAAAAGGUUUGUACAGUAGCCUUCAAUCAAGUAUUCUGGAAAAUUUAUGUGUAUAUGUAUUGCCAAUAGAAGCGAAGAUGCGUGUCCCCGGACAUAAAUGAGAAGCGAAGGUGAUUUCGGGAGCCAUAGUUUUACUGUACUGAUGUUUCAAAAGCAAACAAGCUUCCAUCGUGGGAGGUGAGUGUGUUAUCGCGUCUCACAGUACUUAUAGUUGGGUGACAGUCGUGUUAAGAUAGGUUUUUUACAUGGGAAGUCGGGGCGACACGAAGGAAGGGGCGGGGAGGGAGUCCAAGAGCGUCUUGUCGCCGUCGCCGGAUGAGGGGGUGGUGUAUCAGCAUGCAUGCACGCAGGGGCUGUGGCGGACGGGAAAGAUGGAGGCAAUGUGACGGAAUGUAGUCAAUCUACAUCGGGGGCCGGCGCUGAGACUUUGGCGACCGUCGUUCGUACCUUCAUUGACCUUAACUGUCGUCCAAGGCUGGCAAUCUUGUUUACGCCGCCACGGCUGUCCUUUUUCUUGUCUGCCUGGCUAUUGGAUGGAACGAUUGUGGUGACGGCUGCGCCUCCGUCGGACCCAGGUUGAGGGGCGGCUGAGUGUGCAUCCGCCAUGGACUCGCUCAUGUUUGGAUUCAUGUUUAGCCUGGGUUCAGGUCUGCUCAUUUGUUCACUGAGUUGCGUCCGAAGGGCUUGCUAGGCAGUGGGAAGGGCCACACAACGGUUGAUGGAGGUUGUCCUCGUGUGCCAAGCCUCAGUUGUUUCCCUGGAUAUGUGGUCGCUCCCUCGGCCCAGAAUUUCGGCAUGCUGAAAGGCGAACUUGAUCAGUGAGCGCCACCAUAUCAUAAAAUAUCUGUAGGGAGACCUUUUCUGACAACCAGCGUAUUAAAGUGAUCAGAACAUCAGAAACGCAUUGCCGUAAAUUGGGUGGAGCUGAUUACUGUGGGCGCUUCUUACGCCACACUUGUUUUUGAGCAAGCGCGAAAGUAUUGGAAACUAUGUCAUUGUCGUCCUUUUCAUGGUUAAGCGUGAACUUCCACUAACUGCCAACUAAAUCAACACAAAAUUUGCUAAAAGCGAUUAUCCAUCCUGGAGAUCUCGCUGUGUAAUUAUAUCAUAGGAUACAGACCACGUCCGCGAUGGUGGGACGCGCUUCCUCACAACUGCUCGGUCGUCGAUAUUCAGCCUCCAAAAUGGACUGUUUACAAUAUUAAGGAGAGAAUGCAGCGGUUUUGAAUUAUCUAGGCUAACGAGUCAUAUCCCACAAUUACGAUGAAGGAUCCCCCUGAGAGUGCCUCUUAUACCCUCGUCCUAGUUCCGUUUCACGCAGAUUCCGAAGUUUUUUAUCGAGGACCAUGCGUUCUUCCUAUUCGACGGUCCAUUUCACCUUUUGACAAAAACUCCGACUGUAGGCGUCCAUAGGCACACGGGACUCAUCUGUUAUGGCCCCGUAAAUACUCGGGAACAGAUCGUUUGUGUAGAGGUUUAUUUUUCGGCUCCCUUUGUCGCGAUCUCAAACAUAAAACUUUUGACCAGUCGUUCGUCAGUGCACCAUUGCCACUAACGUCGUUACGGUCUGGAGUAUAUGAGACAUGAUCUAUUUUAACACCCAUCUGGUAGAAGAGAACGGUCCGGCUUGAGGAAACACCUCAGAAGCCAGUUUCUGAGACUUGGGUGAUAAGCUGACAGCUAGAGCAACUGACACACCCAGACCACAACAAGUCUGAGCGCGGAUCCCGUUAAGAAGCAAAAAAGGCCGGUAGAAUGCGUUUAUUUUUUAUAGGGAUUCGACGGUCUGAACCAGAGGCACGCGGCCUAUGAACGAGGACGAUGUGAACGCAGUGACCAAGUGUGCAUCUCAUGCGGGAGCCAGUCAAUGUCGUCUUUGGGGAGUUUAACGGAUAUGUCCCGAAUCUGUGGUUGUCAUGGUUGACCGUCCGCAAAGGUGCUUAACACUUUGGCGCUGUGUGGUUCAUGAACUGGAAGAGCAGGCGACCUCUGUAUUUCAACGUGUCAGUCUCUACAUAGUUGCGCUCUGCAGUACCAGGGCAAAGAUAGUCCGGUCUGCUCUCUCUCUCUAUUAACCUCUAUUACUUAUUUAUUAUCUGUUAUCAAUGUUAUAGCUGCUGUAUCAUGAGUUGAAGCUGACAAUUUCGUGUGUAUAUACAGGAAUGAUGGUCAAAAAUUAUGUAGCCCUGACCGAAGGAAAUUUGUGUGUUUGCCACAGCGUUGAUCGGAGGUGUGGUCCAGAUGUGUUCCAACUUUUAUGUACUCGAUCAAAAGGAAAUUCAUCCCUCUACGUUUGCAGGAACUGGGAAAACAACCCUCGUUUCGCGUCUGGCUAAAGUUCUGAAGGAAAGAACAACCGUUCUCGGGUUUAUCACAGAGGAAGUAAGGGAUCCCCGCGCAGGACGUCUCGGGUUUGAUGUAGUUGAACUCUCCGGCAACGAACGCAGCUCGCUGGCUCGCCUGCAGACCUCCUUUUCCCGGUCACCGGAGUAUCUUAGGCACCUGCCUCGCGUCGGAAGAUACUCCGUCACUGUCAAUGAAUUCGAGAAGAUUGCGAUUCCCUGUUUGGAAGUAAGUAGUUACUGUCACGGUAUUAAUGGCUCAGCCAGCCUCAUAACUGCCUGGACAUGACAUCACGAUUGCUUUUCAUAGUGGCGGGCAAAACUGAGCCAGCCAGUACCUUUGACCGCGCUUGUGGUCUGCACUAACAAUGCUUUUGCCACUCCCGCCGUCGGAUCGGUUCAAUACGUGACCGAGUCACGUCAAUUAACGACUGGGAAAAGUGUGCUUGAUGGGCUUUAUCCUCGUCUCUCGAAUCUAGGAAAACUGGUCCAUCGACUACCUCAAGGCGGCUGCGAUCUUCCGAGUGCACAGGCGAUACGCUCGACACCAGCCUUUCUCAGCUAGAAUUUUGUCACUUUGUCCAGCAGUCAUGCAUAUCUCUGCGAAUUCUUCAUCGCUAUCCCACCGGCAGUAUUGUCUUGUCUGCUUUUUGAGUGACCAUACGUGGGUCGUGUGAAUUCACUUGACUGGACACUGUUGUCACUAGAAGGUCUCCAUAAAUCUUACUGGGAGUUUCUGAGCAUCAGUUAAGGGCAUUAGUUUCCGAUGAAACAGAUGAGGCUGUCACGUAGAGCGGGGGUGUCACUGGAUUGUAACGGCGAACAGUGUUCCUGCCUUUGACAGCGUAUACCUUUGAUGUGCUGUUCGUCUGAAGCCAGAUUUAAAGGUGAACCAAUUGUCCGCCUUGUAGAUGGCACUCGCCAGCACCCAACGGAGAGGUGACGCCGUCGAGGACCCGACGUACGUCCUCAUAGACGAAAUCGGAAAAAUGGAGCUACUUUCGGGCGCUUUCAGGGCCAAGGUUGAACAGCUUAUUGCUGCCAUCUCAACACCAGAAAGCCGGGCACAUCUCAUUGCCACUAUCCCAGCUGCCACUCGGUCGGACGGCUUACGUGGAAUCCCCCUCGUGGACUCACUCGUAAGACGACCGAAUGCAGUCUUACGCGAGGUAAGGACGCUCCCCACCUCUGAAGUUCACCGUCACCACCUAGCACCACACCCCAGCCAUUUCCAUGUCCUGGAAGAUACAUUUUUAUUCGACUGACUCAGUCUGGUGCACCCAUCCCCCUGUCUGUUUCUUAUACCACGUUGGGCUACCUACUGCCACGCAACUAAGAUAUGGUAGGCACAUCUAUCUUAUUCUCGGAAACUGAUCUCCGUUUUUUUCUCAUUUUCAAUAGGUCACCCGGAGCAACGGCGAUGCCAUGUUUGAUGAGAUUCUUCCUCUUCUUUCUAAAUAA